AUGAAUCUAUACAAAUCCCGUAAGUCAACAGCUCACGCGUAUUCAUUUAUCCGAGGAGCUCGACUGGAAAAGCUUGGCGACGAAUUCAGAUCCUACGGUGUGGGUAUCAGGGACGAGCAGCCUCGCCGCCAAGUAGGCUUCAAUCGCAAGAGAGAUCGAGAAUUUGCUCCAUCUAGGGAUGACGAGUUUCGCAACCCUAGCUGCAACAAUCUGGAUCCAUCCUUCAAUUCAGUGAAAACUGAUCAGUUAUUUUUUAUUUUUUCAGUUUUUUUUCUUCCAUAUUUCACGGUGAUCGUGUGGCUGAUCUAUGCGGAGCAGAGGAUGAACAUGGUCUUCAUGGUGGAGAAUAUGGGGUUGGCGCUGCCGCUGGAUGACGGGUUCAUGGCGACGGUGGAGCAAGAGAAAUGGGUCAUGGAGCUGAUGGACUCGAUGGCAGGUCGAGGCCCCCAUCGUCUUCUUCCCGUGUUUCUACUUCUCCAUUGA